AUGCUCGGCGCUGCUUGGGCCGCGUUGGCGGCGAGCGCGGCGCUGUGCGCGCUGGUGGCGCGGGCCGAGCCCCGGCCGCACCGCGACGUGCCCAGCUCGCAGGGCGUCGUGCGCGGCUACCUCACCCCCCAGCCGCCCCACUUCGCGUACUACGGCCUCCCCUACGCGAGCCCGCCCACGCGCGCCGCCCGCUUUAAGGAUCCAACCCCGCCUCCGAAGUGGGAUGGGAUCUUCGAAGCCACUCAUGAAGUCAAAUGCCCUCAAGUGAACGCUGAUGGCGAGGAAAACUGUCUAGUGGUGAAUGUGUUCACUCCGGAGGACGCUACAUCGCUGCCAGUGCUCGUGUUCGUGCACGACGGAUACUAUCAGAGCGGCUGGGGAGCAUAUCAGCCUCUAAAUGGACUAAUCGAGGAAGGUUUUGUGAUCGUCACCUUCAACUACCGACUCGGAGCUCUAGGCUUCCUCUGCCUGAGAAUUCCAGAAGCCCCCGGGAACGCCGGGUUGAAGGACCAGAUCGCAAUGCUUUACUGGGUACACAUGAACAUCGCAGAGUUUGGCGGGAACCCGCGCGACGUCACCGUGUACGGCACUGGUGCUGGCGCCGAAGCAGUACAGCUUCUCCUACUGUCAGGACUAGAGCAAGGACUUCUGCAUAAAGUCAUUCUUGAGUCAGGUUCUGUGCUGUCUCCUAUUUCCAUGGCAUAUGACCCUCUUACUGUAGCUUACAAUGGAGCUACUUCUUUGGGUUAUGACGGCUCAAACGAGCCAGAAGAACUGUACAACUUCUAUGUAAAAGCCUCAGCCGACGACUUGGCCAGGAUUACUGAAAUGUUUCUACCAUGCGUUGAGAACUCAUCUGACUCUAUUCAUAAUAUUAUAGACAUGGAUCCCCUAACAAAACUUAAAGAUGGGCGUUUCCACAAUGUGCCAAUGCUAAUAACAUUCACAGAAAAAGAGAUUGUAUCAGUUAUACAAGAAAUGGAGAAAUUUCAAAAUCCACCUGCUAUUUUUGAGUUUUUGCUACCAAAUAAUUUAGAGUUUGAUGACCAUAAAACGAAACAUAGAGUAGGGGAAAUUAUUAAACAGUUUUAUUUCUCCAAGGACUUCACACGAGCCAACAUGGCUCAGAGCUAUGCUGACUAUAUUUAUGACAUAUUGACUGCAUACCCUAUUAUAAAAAUGGCAAUGGUAUUUGCAGACAAAAAUUCAUAUCCUGUUUAUGUUAUGAAAUUUAAUUUGACGAAAACAAUUGUGACACUGGAGGGAUCAUUAACUGGUAACUUUGACACACUGCUGGAUUAUUUUUAUAAAGAUGAAGAGCAUACUGAAAUAGUUCUAGAAAAGUUGAUGGUUUUGCUGAGAAACUUUAUAAGGAUAGGUGAUCCAACUCCACUGACAAGCACACUGAUCCCGCUCAUUUGGCAACCUCUACAAAAGCCCCUACACAUUGCUGAAGUUCCGCUGCUACAGUUUGAUGACACCGUCAAGAUCAUCGUGCCGCCCAAUCACCAACGCCUGCUGUUCUUAGAGAACAUCUACACCAGGUUCUACAAGCCACUCGCUCAGGUGCAACAAGAUGCUGAAGGCUCUGGUGAAGAUCAAUAAACUCAUGUCAAAAGGUUACGGCCAGGUCUAAUUUAGCAAGUACUUGAUUUGUAAGUUACAACUAAUAAGGUCAAUGCGUGCUCACUUGCUCAAUGUAAAUAAUGUUGUAAAAUAUCGUUGUUGGCAAAUGGAAAUAUAUGUACUUCGCCUAACUUAAAUUCAAGAGAAUAAAGAAAUUUAAUUUAUUUACAAUUCAAA